AAUUAACCCUAAUUUCAGUAUUCAUUUCUCUUACUCUUCUUCCAUGAAUCACUCUCUCAAUGAAAGUUCAGUUCCUGUAUAUGUAAUCAAAACCCUAUUCCUCAUUCCCUUCCAAAAACAUCCCAUCAUGUUUCCUCCUCUUCACACUUAUCCCAUCAUAAUCAUGGCCAUGGAUUUUUUCAUAUUCCACUUUAAUCUCUUCAAAGUUUACAGACCAACGUAAAGAUUUGCUUUGUUCUUGAGAAUUUGAGUGAGAAAAUCAUGGGUAGUGGAAAACAAAGGUGGAAGAUUUCCUUUCACAAGUCACGAUCAACUCUACUGUUUCUCAAAAAGCAAUCUCCUCCUCCGAAAGAGUUUCUGUGUCCUAUUUCAGGCUCGUUAAUGGCGGAUCCUGUUGUAGUCUCGUCCGGUCAUACUUUCGAACGCAACUGCGUCCGAGCAUGUGUUUCUCUUUCGUUUAAACCUACUAUGUUCGAUGGGUCAAAACCUGAUUUCUCUACUGUUAUUCCAAACCUUGCUUUGAAAUCGACAAUUCUGAAUUGGUGUCGUGAUCACUUUAUCGACCCCCCUAAGCCCAUCGACUAUUACAUUGCUGAAGAACUUGUACAUAAGUUGAUUCCUACUUCGAAAAAUUCGAUUAAUAAGUUUCAGUUGUCUACUGAUGAGUUGACACGGACAGCUAGUCAGUUGUCCAUAACGAGUUCUGAGGAAUCAGUUACUCCUAGAAAUGUUCAUACAAGUACUGUUCUAGCUAUAACUACCCGUCCCUCCUGUUAUUCAUCUUCCUCGUCAUCUGAAGUUGAAGCCUUAAAUUCUUUAGAAGAGGAAGAAUUCAUAAUUAAGCUGAAGAGUUCACAGGUUCUUGAACAAGAAGAGGGUCUGAUUUCGCUUAGGAAACUGACUCGAACAAAAGAAGAAAUGCGGGUCAUUCUCUGCACUCCACGACUACUCUCAGCCAUUAAAUCGCUAAUCAGCUCGAGAUACUCGUCUCUACAAGUGAAUGCUGUGGCAGCAUUGGUGAACCUGUCAUUAGAGAAGCAAAACAAGGUGAAGAUCUUACGUUCAGGGAUUGUUCCAUUAUUGAUCGAGGUUUUGAGGGGAGGAUUCCCUGAAUCGCAGGACCAUGCCGCUGGUGCACUCUUCAGUUUAGCUCUUGAUGAUCACAACAAGACUGCUAUUGGUGUUUUAGGAGCGUUGCCACCGCUUCUUCAGUCACUCCGGUCUGAGUCGGAGCGCAUUAGGCAUGACUCGGCACUGGCUUUAUACCAUCUUUCGUUAGUACAGAGCAAUCAGGUUAAAAUGAUCAAACUCGGGUCAGUUCAGAUUUUGUUGGGCAUGGUGAAAUCGGGCCACAUGAUGGGUCGGGUUCUUUUAAUUCUCUGUAGUCUGGCCACCAGUGUGGAGGGAAGAGCUGCAAUGCUGGAUGGGGGUGCAGUAGAGUGUUUCGUGAAUAUGCUGUGCCACGACGAGUUUGACUCGGUGGCGACUCGAGAUAGCUGCUUAGCCGCGUUGAAUGGGCUGAGCUAUGGAGGGCUUAGGUUCAAGGGUUUGGCAAAGGAAGCCGGGGCGGAGGAAACGCUCGAAAAGGUGGUGAACACUGGAAAUGAGCAUAUAAAGCAGAAGGCAAGGAGGAUACUGGAGGCGUUGAGAAGGAAGGAGGAAGAAGAGGAAAUAGAUUGGGAGAAGUUGCUGGAAUCGGAGGAUGAUCUGAGUCGAACUCGGUGUCUUCUCGGUGGUGGCGGUGCGUCUAAUUCAUGCUGACUUUUGACUUAUUGAGUAUGAGAAUCUCCUUUUCCUUUUGGAGGAAAUUUUUCCGUUUUUAUUCUUCUUUUUCUUUUCGUGGGGAUCGAAGGUUCUAAUUAUGUGUGAAUUUUACAACCUGGGUGUGUUUUUCAUGUCUCGGGUUUUUAUUUGGUUAUUUCUUUGUCUUGUUUUAUUGAUGGUAAGAAAAUGCUAAGCAAUGUAAUUAAAAUUUUCUUCUCCUCA